UGUGUUCAAGUAUAUAGUUUUAAAAUCAAUAUUUUUGCCAAGAUAAUAGCAUCCUACCUUGAAGUGAAAGUCUUCCAUGUCAGGGUAUCAUGUUUAUCUUAUAUGACAUCUAUCAGCCCCACACAUCUCUAAUCAAUUCUGAGUACCCACAGAACUCUAUAAUAUGGGUAAAAUAAAAUAAAAUACAUAUUAGGACACAGGUUUUUAGAGAAGUAGUUCUGAAUAGGUAUAUUUUAGCUACUGAACGUGUUUGUAGUUCUUGUGUCAUACCCAUGUCUGACAACUCACCUUUCACAACAAAAUAUUCUUUUCAGGGACAUGGCCUUUGCUUCUCAGAUGUAAUGCACUUUCAGUUUAUUAUUCAACAGUGAAAAUGAGUCAUACAGAGGUUAAAUUAAAAAUACCUUUUGGAAAUAAACUACUGGAUGCUGUUUGCUUGGUACCUAACAAGAGUUUAACGUAUGGAAUAAUUCUUACACAUGGAGCAUCAGGAGAUAUGAAUCUUCCUCACCUCAUGUCACUAGCAUCACAUCUUGCAUCUCAUGGGUUUUUUUGCCUGAGAUUUACCUGCAAAGGCCUUAAUAUUGUACAUAGAAUUAAGGCAUAUAAAGCAGUUUUGAAUUAUCUGAAGACCUCAGGAGAAUACAAACUUGCAGGUGUUUUCCUUGGAGGUCGUUCAAUGGGCUCAAGAGCAGCUGCUUCUGUAAUAUGUCAUAUUGAGCCAGAUGAAGCUGAUGACUUUGUUCGGGGUCUCAUUUGUAUUUCUUACCCACUGCACCAUCCAAAGCAGCAGCAUAAACUCAGAGAUGAAGACCUCUUUCGCCUAAAAGAUCCUGUACUGUUUGUAUCAGGCUCAGCAGAUGAAAUGUGUGAAAAGAACUUGUUGGAGAAAGUGGCACAGAAAAUGCAAGCUCCCAAUAAGAUCUACUGGAUUGAGAAGGCAAAUCAUUCCAUGGCAGUGAAAGGACGGUCAACAAAUGAUGUUUUCAAAGAAAUAAACACACAGAUUUUGUCUUGGAUCCAAGAAAUCACUGAAAUGGACAAGAAAUAGGUUAAAGCCAUGUUAUUUUGAAUACAAAAACAGUUAAUUUGAUAAAUAACAAUAUACCUCUCACCAUUGAGAUAUAUUUCAGACUAAUGUUCUUUAAUGUUGCCCUAUUUUUGAAACACAUUUAAUUGUGAAAUUAAUAUACUUUACAAAUGUCUUUGAAAGCACUGUUAUAGUUGUAUGAAGA